AUGCAUUUAUUCGCUCAAGAAUUAUUCAACCAUAUUAAAAGAACGGAUUCAAGAUUAGGAGUUGGCUUUCGAUUGGGUGAACAUGCUGAUUUUCAGAUUAUGGUUGAAUUAGGACCACAGACGGAGACAAGACCAAUAGGUGGUGGAAGCGCGACGAACAAAAGAAAUGUAGCGCCCAACUCUUACAGGAUAAAAGAUUCGAUAUCCAAUACCGACGGCGGUAAGUGGCUUUCCAACUGGAGUCAACAAAUGAAGAAGGCACAGAACUCCAUCUACAUUGACGAAGAUGUUGUUCCUAAUCUUACAUCACCAGACAAACCAUAUCUUCCUGCAGAAACCAUGUCUCAAUUGGGUGAGCUGUAUGACGCUACCAACCAACCCACAAAACCUGACAAAAAGCCAAUAAAUGUAAAGUUACCAACUGUGGGAGCACAAGUCCUGUCCGAAGCCCAGAAAGAGAAAAGGAAAAAAGAAGUGUUUGAGGAAUUGUCUGAUGUUGAACUAGAGUAA